AUGUCAAAGCCCAGUGUCACCUCAAAGAAGAGGAAUCAUGCCUCCAUGGCAUGCGUAUCAUGUCGGGAGAGUAAAGUCAAGUGUGACGGCAGUAAACCCAAAUGCUCCAGCUGCAUGAACAAGCACCGCGAAUGUCGAUACCAGGCCGUAGACAAGAGAAAGCUCCCGCUCCGUGUCGCCAUAGAGCUUCUCUCAAGCAGAGUCGAACAGCUCUGUCUCUUCAUUCGUCAAAGUGGAUUAGAGGCCCCGCCUAUGCCACAAGAAAGGGAUACGGCUUUGGCUAAAGUCCUUGAUGUCCUUGGCUUGACUGAAGUUCAUUCGGUUGCAGGAAACAAUCAAAUCAACAGCAAAUCCUCCAAUUCUAAUUCCCCAUCAACAAACAAUGAUCUGCCUUCCGAUGCACCAAAUUCUGUGCCAUUCUCUGUUCCUGGAAUAACAAAUGAUUUAAAUAGCGCUUGGGCUCAGGCAUCGGCAUCCCCGGACAACACAUCGCCCCAGUCGAAUUUCACAAUGUUUUCAGAUCCUCAUGCCGUAUCAACACUACCCAUAAUCGAUGCUGGAGAUCUGGAUAUCCCAAUUUCAGAACAGUAUCAACCGACGGGUGAUCACUCGGAUAAUUCAUUGGCCAACUGGGACUGGACCUUAGAUUUUGGAGCAUGUAUCACACCGUCUACAGAAAUCCAUGAUAUCGGUGUAGAACAACUACAGCUACCAGGGGAACAACUGGAGAGGCUACAUGAGCCCUUUGAGCCUGCCGUCGUUAAACCCCCACCCAGCCUCGACAAUGAUACCAGGAGCACAGAAGAAAUUGAAGAUCUUAUUGACGAGAUUUCUGAUCGGAUGGGCACAUUGCGCUUUGACCCUGGAGGACGAGCCCGCUUCUAUGGCCCGACAUCGACUUUCAACCUUGCCGAUGCUCCAGUAUCUAUCAGCACCCAGACAUACCGUACCGUUGAUUAUCAUAUCGACGCAGACUGUGACAGACAAGUUCCAUUAUCUCUCGAAGAGCAUCUUCUUAAUCUCUAUUUUACCUGGCAGGAUCCAUCGUUCCACGUCGUUGACCGAGAAAUGUUCGAGAAAGGAAAGACAGGCUGGGAUGGAAAAGAAGAGACACCAUUUUAUUCCGAGGCACUCUGCUAUGCAAUGUGCUCUCUCGGCGCUGUUUUUGAAACCCGUUACCACCCAUCCUUUGUGACAUUCCCGAAAUCUCUCGGUGAAUUCUUCGGAGACCGUGCAAAGGAAAUUCUUGAAAUUGAACUAGAUUCCCCCAGUGUGGCAACAGUCCAAGCACUAGUCAUAUUAAGCAGCCAUGAAAUUGGUAUUGGCUCAGACACACGUGGAUGGCUCUAUAGUGGGAUGGCUCUUCGACUUGCCUUUGAUCUUGCCCUGCAUAUUGACCUUUCUCCCUAUGUUGCUCGUGGGUCUGUUACCGCUGCCGACGCUGAGUUGCGUCGAACCGUCUUUUGGGCCGCGUACAUGGUGGAUCAUCUUGUCGGUUUCUACCUUGGUAGACCUUUCUAUACCAACAUGGAGGAUGUUACGGUCAAAAAACCAAACAAUGAUGUUGACCAUCGAGAGCCUUGCAAAUGGACACCUUACGCAUCUCCCAUUCCAUUUGACAAUAAGUCGGAAUUAUCUGACUGUAUUGGGGCCGUUAGUCAACAGGAAGUCACCCUAUGUGAGAUUAUGGCACCCUUCGGCUACUUUCUGUAUGGAACAUCAGGUAUUCCAAGAGCUGCGCUUCAGCAGCUCAAUGAGGACAAUGUUGCCAAGCUUCUGAGUUGGAAGGCUCGGUUGCCCUCAUUUUUACAAAUCAACCUCAACGAUCAUACCUCUCCUUAUCUUCCACAUGUGUUGCUACUUCACAUGCAAUAUUACCAGAAUCUCAUCUACAGCCAUCGACCCUGGAUGUCAAAAGGCUACAUACAACCACAACCCCCGAAGGGUCCCGGCUUCACCCACGCUCGAGAGAUGUGCAUUAAUUCCGCAAUCUCCAUUGCCAAAAUCCUUGUAUUGUACGAGACCAGAUAUACCCUCCGCCGGAUAAACAUCAAAGCAGUCUCAAUUACCUCGUCCGCCGUACUCCUACUUCUCUUUGCCGCCGUUUCCCAGUACCAAACCGAAGAAAAAGUGAAUAUCAUCGCUCAUUUGAGUACCUGUUUCAGAGCCCUCGAUGAGUUCUCUCUAUCCUGGCAGAGUGCCAAUCGUGCUAAAGACCUUCUGGUAAGACUACAACACAAAUGGGAGAUUCGUACUCGUGCUACUAAACCGGACCGCGGACCGGAUGGGGCUGUUUACCCCCCAAGAAAGCGAUCACGGACACUUGAUGGAUCUGACUCUAUAGUCCCAAAUAAUGGAAGGCUUUCAAGCACACAGCCUGAGACUCGUGACGUCCAGCUGGAAUCUGGGUUGGGCUGGAUGCUCAUGCUGAGCGGACAGCUUCCGUCGGAUGGGGACGAGGAUCUCUAUUCUUUCGUUGCAAAUACAAGCAUUCCAGAAUCUGAAUACGAUACUAUAUAG